UUUUGAUCGGGCUCGAAAUUCUUUAAUCUGGGCUUUGUAUUUCAUACUCAAGACAAUCUAUCUACUAGUUCCUCUGACAAGAAAAUUUAAAAAUGUUGAUAAAAGUGAAGACUUUGACUGGAAAGGAGAUUGAAAUAGAUAUUGAACCAACAGACAAAGUGGAGAGAAUAAAAGAAAGAGUUGAAGAAAAAGAAGGUAUACCUCCACCUCAACAGAGACUGAUCUUCAGUGGUAAACAAAUGAAUGAUGAAAAAACGGCACAAGAUUACAAAGUGACAGGAGGCUCUGUGUUACAUUUAGUGUUGGCCCUACGAGGAGGAAAAUGAACUCUUCGCAAUUUCUUGUUUCCAGUAAUGCUAUAAUAUUUUAUGCAGAUUGCACAGGGGCAAAGCCCAUUUUAACAUUAAUUUCAAUUUAACCAUAAAUAAAGAAAGUCUUUAUUUAUGGGGUAACAUUGAAAUUAAUGUUAAAAUGGGCUUGGUCCCUGUGGCAGAUUGCAUAAGGAAGUUACAUUAUGAAGCUUUUUUAGAUUAAAAACUUUCAUGUCACCCUUCCUUAAACAUGUUAAAUGGAAAGAACCUUUGUCACUCUAGUACAUGUAUUUGAAUAGAAAAGUAAAAUCUAUGAAAUAUUUAGACCAUACAGUGUACUGUUCUAAACAUCAUUUCAAUAAUAAAGCUAUUCAUUUGGGAUAUUCGGUAUCUUCAGUUAAAUCACUAAUUUUUAGAGUGAUAUACAUAUUUCAGCAUAGGUAAAUUCUAAUUUGAAAAGUUAAUUUAUCUUUUCCCUUAAGAACAUACAAAUUAUACAUCAACUGACUCACUGUUUUAAAUUGUUCUUGUAUUUAGAAUUUGCAAAAACAUUUAUUCUUGUGUGAUGUUUAUAUAUAGUUGAUAUUCGGUCUGUACACAAUAUUACGUGUUAUGAUGCAAGUUUUGAAGUUCUAUAUGGUCAAGUUAAUAAAAACAUAGGAUCCAAUAUCAAUCUAACAUCAUUGGUAAAGUAUCUGUAUUGAUUUCGAUUUGCAGUACAUGUGCUGAUGUUGUAGUAUUGUUGUUCACUGUGAGAAUGAAAGUGACACGUACAUAAGCUUUGUAUUGUAAAUGUUUUGUAAUUAAAUAAAAAUCCAUGUAUGGUCA